AUGAUGACUUCAUCAAAUUCAAUUCGGAACGAUUCAGAAGGUGCACCCUGUUUUGAUUUGCAACAAGACGAGUCUUUUAAUUUACCAUCACUAAAGAAGCUGCGACUUAACAUCCGUGGAAUGAAUGUGACUUCCCUGAAUAUCUUCCUCAAUGACUGUACUUGCCUGGAAAAUCUGGAUAUUUACUUUUAUGCUGAGGAUUACACUAGAAUUUUUACGCCAUCUCUUUAUGUGCCACCUUCGUUGAACAUGUUAAAAAUCAUUGUUUCCGAUUCCGACCUUGGGACUUCCCUUGAAACUCAAGUGCUUCAUUUUGCGCACAUCAGCACCAAUGAUGCUGAUAGUGAUGCUUGUAUCUUGCAAAACAUGGGGGAAGCGUCCUUCGAUGUCUCAAAUGCAUCCGCCUUCACUUUAAUCAAGCUUCUCCAAGCCCUCUCUGGAAUAAAACAUUUAGUUUUUAGUCGUUUAGCAACAAAGAUAUAA